UAUCAACGAGAGUUGAGGAAAGCCAAAAAUACUUUUACUAGGAAGUUGUUUUUCUCGGGAUAUAUAGAUCUUUUAUAUAUGCUGUUCAACAGCUAGUAUAGUACAGUCACCUGCCUAUAGGUGUCAUGAGUAAAGGGGAUAAGAUCGUUAAGGAGGGUUUCCUCUACAAACGAGGUGAACAUAUUAAGAACUGGAGGCAGCGUUACUUUAUCUUAAAGGAGGAUGGUUCAUUCCUUGGAUUCAAGUCCAAACCAGCUGAGGGCCUAACUCAUGAUCCUCUCAAUGAUUUCACAGUUAAAGAUUGCCAAAUUAUGAAGCAAGAGAGACCCAGAGUAAAUACAUUCAUUAUACGUGGGCUGCAAUGGACCACUAUUGUUGAGCGCAUGUUCUGUGUGGAGACAGCUGCAGAGAGGGAGUCCUGGAUCCAAGCAAUACAGUCUAUUUCAGCGACACUGGGAGAAGACAUGAACACUGAUGAUGAUAUGGCAGAGAAAAAGGCAAAGAAGAAAAAAGUGAAGCUGGAAGAUUUUGACUUUAUCAAGGUUUUAGGAAAGGGGACUUUUGGAAAAGUGAUCCUAUGUAGAGAAAAAGACACAAGUGCUUUCUUUGCUAUUAAAAUUCUUAAGAAGACAGUUAUUAUAGCAAAGGAUGAAGUAGUACAUACAUUGACUGAAAGUAGAGUACUACAGACGACUAAACAUCCCUUCUUAACACAAUUGAAGUAUUCCUUCCAAACAGCUGACCGUCUUUGCUUUGUUAUGGAGUAUGUCAACGGAGGAGAACUAUUCUAUCAUUUAUCAAGGGAGAGGGUUUUUACUGAAGAACGCACAAAAUUUUACGGAGCAGAAAUAAUUUCAGCUCUUGGAUAUUUACAUCAAAAUGACAUUGUCUAUAGGGACUUAAAGUUAGAAAACUUACUACUAGACAAAGAUGGCCACAUAAAGAUAGCUGACUUUGGUCUCUGUAAAGAGGAAAUGUUCUUUGGCGCCAGUACAAAAACGUUUUGUGGGACACCUGAAUAUCUAGCCCCAGAGGUAUUAGAAGAUAAUGAUUAUGGCAGGGCCGUAGAUUGGUGGGGUACAGGUGUUGUCAUGUAUGAAAUGAUGUGUGGUAGACUGCCCUUUUACAACAGAGAUCAUGAAGUUCUAUUUGAAUUAAUUCUUUUGGAAGACAUCAGGUUUCCCCGGACUAUAUCCACAGAGGCGUGUUCUCUUUUAGGAGGCCUGCUUAUAAAGGACCCUAAACGAAGGCUUGGGGGUGGAGAGGCUGAUGUGGAGGACAUUAAAAGACAUCCUUUCUUUGCUUCUGUUAACUGGCAGGAUCUCUUAGACAAAAAGAUCAAGCCCCCAUGGAAGCCUGAGGUGUCAGGGCCCGCAGAUACGGCAUACAUUCCCUCUGAAUUUGCCUGUGAGCCUGUUGCACUAACGCCCGACCAGCACAAGCACACCCUCUCCUCAAUCUCUGAGGACAACGAACUCCCUUAUUUCGAGUCAUUUUCAUACCACGGAGGAAGCCGUGACGGUUUCGGGAGCUACCUCAGUAACUCAGCUGCCGCAAUGGAUUUCAUGAAAAAAUAACACAUCUCAGGUGUGUCCUAUAGGAGAGUAAAAUGUGCAUCAUAUUAUGUUGAUGCCUGCAUGGAUGCUUGUAAUUUAUGAAUGACAGGAGUCACGGCACUAUGAAUGGGAAUACAAUACAUAUAUAUGCCAAUCUAUAAACACGCCAUUGAGGUGAUGUUUUCAAAAUGGAGAAAUAGUAAACAGGCAAGACAUGAGGUGUAUAGAAACGCCUAGUAAUGAUACACUUAAGUUAUAUUUUGUUGUUUAUGCAUGUAUGGUUAAGUAAACAAGGCAUUAAUAUAUGAUUGCAAUUACAAAAGUGUAACAAUUGUUACAUAAUGGCUUAAGGCUAGUCACAUAAAUCUAUUGCUAAUAAUAAUAAUAUUGCAAUAUCAAGUGACAAUCUUAUAAUCCAUUUUACAGGGUGUGAUGCUAGGAUUUUGAUUGUCUCUGUUCUG